ACGAAGAAAAUCGCAGUCCUCCUCCGCCCCCGGCCGGAAAGAGCAGAGACAAUGGUGGCAAUCGGAUCCGCGGACGGAGCGGAGGAGGACACCCACGCCGCCGAGCCGGACCGCUCGUCGGAGUCGGAGGGGGGCAUCCGCCUCCUCCUCUUCAUCGACCUCAGGAAGGGAGACGGGGUGGAGGCCUCGUGCUCUCCGCCAGGGUAUUCUUUUCUUGGGACGGCCGGUGAACGGGUGGCGCGGCGCGCGGAGGAGGAGGUUCUUGGCAGGGAGUGCGCCAUGGCCAGCGAAUGGGCGGCGCGGCGCGCGCGGGAGGUGUUUCUUGGCACCACGGAGUGCGCAAUGGCCGGCGAAUUGGCGGCGCGGCGCGCAUCGGAUGUUCUUGGCACCACGGAGUGCGGCAAGGAGUGCGCCAUGGCCAACGAAUGGGCGGCGCGGCGCGCGCGGGAGGUGUUUCUUGGCACCACGGAGUGCGCCAUGGCCGGCGAAUGGGCGGCGCGGCGCGCGUCGGAGGUUCUUGGCACCAUGGAGUGCGGGGAGGAGUGCGCCAUGGCCAGCGAAUGGGUUGGCACCACGGCAGGCGAACGGGCGGCGCGGCGCGCGUGGGAGGAGUUUCUUGGCACAAAUCAGUGCGCCACGGCAGGCAACCGGGUGGCGGGGCGCGCGUUGGAGGAAGAGGCGGCGCGGCGAGCUUUGGAAGAGCUUCUUGGCGCCAUGGACUGCGCCACGGACGGGGAAGGGGCGGCGCGGCGUGCGUCGUCAGAGUACGUCGGAUCACCAGCCCUCUUUAUCCAAGGCUACGGGAAAGACGGCGGCAUCUUCAUGGCGGCGGUGGUUUCUUUUUCUCUCUGGGGCACGGAUGAUCAUAUCAGCUUUGAGCCGAUACACAUGUUCAUGGAUGAUCGAGGUGGGCGAAGGCGAGGCCGACGUCGUCGGAGACAGCAGGGACAGCGAGCUAUCGAUGUAGCUGCAGGCAACUCGGCCGAGGAGGUGGACGGCGACAUACCAGGAUCAAGGACUCCGAAGAAGCAUACUUGGAAGGCUAUCAUGGGGCUUCCGAUGACUCAGACUGUGCCAGAUACGUGCGGGCUCGUUGCAGCCACAGUGUGUCUUGAAGCCCAGCACCGGCUUGAGUUUGAGAGAGAACAUGGCUCGGGAAGCUUCCCUUGCCGAGCUGCGGCACCGCGGAUGCUCCGUAGAGAGUGCUACCGUCAGCAGAUAUGGAACCCAUACACGCAAGAGUACGACAGAGGAUGGGCCCCAAGAAAAGGCGCAAGGAUCAACAACAUCCUCGCCAAAAUUAAGGAGAUUGGCGGAGUAAGAACCACUAACGCUGCUCCACCCGCACCGUUGCUACUUCCUCUCGCGGACUACGAGAUUCACAAGUACACCGAUCUCAACCCUGCGACCGCGGCGGAGCUGAUCUACAGAAGAGGGCCCUGCAUCGGCACCAUCUUCGCCACCGAAGCGUACUGCUCCUUCGUUGAUGCCAACCAGGACCCCAGUGCCGUCUUCAAAGGCUGCCCGCGCGCCAAACGCAUUAAACUUUGGGAGAAGAACAAGGGGGCCUUCCACUUCGUAGUGUGCUACGAGUAUCGCCACAUAAGAGGACAGCUCCAUAUCUUGGUCAUGGAUAACCAAAGCCAAGGAGCAACUAGGAAGUGGAUAGACUUUACGGAGUUUGACGCCCUGCAUACGAUCAGGGUCGACCCGCUUCCACCACGCCACCUCGUCCAGGGCCCGAGCCGCUCCGCGCCCACCCCACCUGUUUACUUUUAGACUAGCAUAACCACCCAUGAUUGGUUUUAUUUUGUGCUGAAAAAAAUAGAGUAGAUUUCACGCACUCAGCAGGUGAAGUAAUGAUCAGAUUUAUUUGUGCCUCUCUUUCAGCUGUCAAAGAGCAG